UAACAUUUCCAGUAUUUUCCCAGCAAUUGGAAUUCCCACAUAUAUAUAACCCACCCGACACGUCCCCAUCGUUAUUAGUUCCGAGCCGGUUGAUGGUGUUCACUAGCAAUCACUCAGGUGGAAAAUUCAAAUUAAAUACUUGGCAAGUGGGAGACCAGCCAGCAGUUUAUUGCACCAUUGAUCCUAAAACAAUACGCACCCGGGUCGUUUCUUUAUCGUCAUCGUCAGAUAAAGGAUUCUCACAAGACAAUUAAGGCGGAUGAUCUCACUUCAUUAGAAUAAAACAAGCAUGCCAACGGACCGGAAGAUAGGCGCAAUGAAAAAGAUGACCGAAAGACAACCGGCCAUCGAACGGGUGCAUCCGAGCAUGGAACCCAUUGUACGGGAUGGUAAAAUACGCGAGCAAAUCGAGCUGGAGAGCAAGGUCCGCCGGGAGUACCAGAAAAAGUGGGGCUUCAUAACGGAGCCGGAAUCGACGGAGUACUUUGACCUCAAGAAGAACAACCAGCGGUUGAAGGAGUUGCAGCAGCAGAAGAAUCAAAAGGUGAACCUGCACGAGUACAACGGACACGGCGAGUCGUACUUUGUAUCGAAGCAAAUGUUCAAGACACUGCUGGACACCUGUCGAUGUGGGAGGAAAAAGGUCUGCAAUCUACACGCACUCAAGUGUCUGCAGAAACCGAAGAGUACAUACGAGAAGACCGAUGACGAGGAGGAGGAAGAAGAACAGGACGCGGAGAAGGAUGACGCGUCCAGCGAUAAAAGUACGAACUAUAUUCCAAAAGUGCCGGUGUUGAGCUCAGGAAUGUACGGCUGGCCCCAGAACCGCUUCGUCGCCAUGGAAAGGACAACCUACUACAUCUCGCCACGGUACACGAUGCCCGGUCAUCCGAUCGUGGAUAGCCACCCAUACAGCAACAUCAUUUUGGGCUGACUUUCUCAUUUUUUCUACCGAAUCAAUCUCUAGAUAAUGCAACCGUGUUCGAUCCUAACUUCCAAUUCUCAAUUUGGAAUUAGGUAGCUUUGUAUUCAUAGAUUGUGUGUGUGUGUGUGUUACUUACCUCAUAAUUAAA